CUAGGAGCGCGGGUUUAAAAGCUGGCUGGGCUGGCGCUGGAGACGCGUGCAGCAGUGGGAGAGGCGCGGUUCCGGCACAGCUAUGGCCCUGCGGGCGCGGGGCGCUCGUUGGAUCGGUGGCCUCUUGCUCUUCGCCAUGCUCACUGCCAGUGCCGCCCGGCUCAGCUGGGAUCUCCCGGACCCCCGCAGCCUGGCCAGCAAGAUCCGAGUGCACCCGCGGGGCAACCUGUGGGCCACCGGUCACUUCAUGGGCAAGAAGAGUCUGGAGCCCCCCAGCCCGUCGCUAUUGGGGAUAGCUCCCCACAUCUCCCUGAGGGACCAGAGAUCACAGCUGAGUCAUGAUCUGCUCAGGAACCUCCUGCUAAAGAAAGCUCUGGGCACGAGGCUCAUCGGCCCAGCACCUCACACCCAGGUCAAUUCCUCUGUGUGUUCCCCUUCAGUACAGGAGGCUGCUGGUGCAAAUGCUGCAGAAGUGAUGACAUUUAUGAGGAAGACACGACAACGUGGCUUAGAUUGUGCCCUCCCCCAAGGAAGGUGCUGAAUGGGACCCUGGUAGUGGCCCCAUCUGGAUGUAAAUCCUGGGCUCAAAUCUCUGUUACUCCAUUACUGUGAUUUCUGGUGGGGUUGCCAGGAAUAUCACCAAUGCAGACACAAGUUACGUUCCUGCUGUAUUUCUUGCUUCCCUGUUGAAGUUGUGAAUAAAA